AUCACAAUAUCCAGGACAAGAGAAACAAGAUGUUCCGUUCCAUUCAUCUCAAAUCUUUCUCACCAACCUCCCUAAGUAGUAGUACUCCAUACAAUACAUCGCUGCAGGUGGUGUGCACCAGACAAAUCCAGAUGACAUGGCACAGCUCAAACCUCUAGAAGGCGGCUACUACCUCUGGACAUAUCUCCCAUCUGUUCCAGCAGCUGCGCUCUUCGCCGUUCUCUUUGGCCUAGUAACCUGUUAUCUCCUCUUCAAGCUCUUCCAAACCCGAGCAUGGUACAACACCUCCUUCACCAUCGGCGGUAUAUUCGAAAUAGUCGGCUACACCGUCCGUAUCCUGAACUACUCCAACACCGCAUCGGUCGGCCUCUACGCCAUCCAAAGUGUGCUCAUCCUGCUGGGCCCCGUCCUCUUUGCCGCGACCGUCUACAUGACCCUAGGUCGCAUCAUUCGAAGUCUGCCGUCGAGAAUCACGGCAGUGGGCGGAACCACCAAGGCCAAAAGUGCCUCGCUCAUCCCGCCCAAUUAUCUCACCAAGCUCUUCGUCGCGAGCGACAUCCUCUCCUUCGUCGUGCAGGGCAGCGGUGUGGGCUUAAUGGUGCGGGCCACGGGCCAGACGACCUCCAAGGCGAUCACGGUCGUCGGCUUGCUGAUCCAGGUGAUCAUGUUUUCCUUCUUCAUUGUCGUGACGGUGGUGUUUCACCGGCGGGUUAAGGCCCAGCUACAGCAGCAACAGCAGCAGCAAAUACGACUGGGCGAAUACGGCCGUCCAUUAGGUCGGUUGUUGUAUAUGCUUUAUGCGGUCAGUGCGUUGAUUCUUGUGCGAUCCAUUUUUCGGGUCAUAGAAUACGCCAUGGGGUUACACGGCUAUAUCUUAACGCAUGAGUGGACGCUUUAUGUCUUCGAUAGUGUGUUGAUGUGGUCGGUUAUGGUCAUGUGGGCCGUGGGGUUCCCCGGCACGAUCGCGGAGGAGAAGGCUGGGUACGAAAUUGGAAUGGAGGAGGGAAGAAUGGUAUAGACCCUACUGAUGUGGAAUGAUCGAUGCUAUGGGCGUUUUUGAGGUUCCUUUGGAUUUCAGUAAGGGACAGACUUGAAAGAAUCAACUUGUUUCUUGAUACUGGCCUGUAUUGUUCACUGGAGGCUUAGCAAUAUGUAUAAGAAUAAUCGCUUGGAUCGUCGUGCAUGGCUCGAUGCUAGGAUUCAAUUCAUUUUCCGGCAAAAAUUUGUCAACGUUUGUCCUUUAAGUGGUC